AUGACUGAGGCUACGCUGGGCCACCCGUUUGCCGUGGUGCAGAGAAUCUACUACCCGUGCGUGUGCGCAAUCGGCAUUCCCGCCAACCUGCUCACCACGCUUACCCUCGCCCGGCGCUCCUGCGGCCUGUCCAAGGUGACGCGCACGUACCUCGUGGCCCUGUCGGUGGCCGACAGCCUGACUCUCGCCUGGUUGGGUGUGGUGGACCUCACGCUGCUGUGGCUGCAGCCCGAGCCCUUCUGGGGCGCCUACCCGUGGUGCGGCCUCGUCACGGUGCUCGAGUACGGCGCCAUGUUCUCCUCCAUCUGGAUUAUCGUGGCCUUCACCAUCGAGCGCUUCCUCUCCGUGGCCCGGCCUGCGGGGUCGGGUCCCAGGCCCACGGCGGCGGCGAGUAGGGGCGGUGGCGGCGCCGGUGGCAUCUGCGGUGGAGCCACGACUCGGAGCCGCUCGCGGGCGGCGCUCUACGUGACGCUGGCCGUGUUCGCCGCUUCCUACGCCUUCGCCGUGCCGGGGUUCUGGCUCAACGUCACCGAGGUCCAGAACGUCACGGCGGUGCGCGACGUCACGGCGGUGCGCGACGUCACGGCGGUGCGUGACGUCACGGCGGUGCGCGACGUCACGGCGGUGCGCGACGUCACGGCGGUGCGCGACGUCACGGCGGUGCGCGACGUCACGGCGGUGCGCGAUGUCACGGCGGUGCGCGACGACAAUGUCGCGGAGGCGGGGAACGACUUGACUUUUGUCGCCGCCUUCCGAGACGUUGCGGAGGUUCACAAUGUGACGGAGGUCUGGAGUGACGUCACCGAGGUCCAGAACGUCACAGAGGUGAGAAAAGGUGGCGCCACGGAGGCCUGGAACGAUGCACCGGAAAUCCGGGGAAACCUCAACGUCGGGGAGGUCUGGAAUGGCGUCGCGAAGGUCCGCAAUGCCUCGGGGACGAGGAAUAUCGUGGAGGUUGGAAACAAUGUCACAAAGGUCCAAAAGGGCAUCGCGGAGGUCCAGAACAUCACAGAGGUCUGGGGCAACAUCACACAAGUGUGGAACGACGGAACGCCAGAGGUCGUAGCAAGAGGCAGGAAGAACAUGUUGGAAUCUUCUCUCCCGACACGGUCGACGUCAUCAUCCUUAUCAUCAUGGCCACCACCGCCGCCGCCAGAAGCGAGGCAGUCUCAGCGCUGCCACCACAACGUGAGCCCCUAUGCGGAGGCCAUCGUGUGGGCCCACACGCUGGCCUCGGGCGCCGUGCCCUUUGCCUUGGUGCUGAUCCUGAAUGGCACAGUGGUGUGGCGUCUGCGCUCCCAGGCGUUCUCGGGGCCCCAGGGCCCCCUGCGGGCCAAGACGCGCCGCUCCGUGGCCAUCCUCCUGGCCGUGUCGCUGGCCUUCGUGGGUCUCUCGCUGCCACGCUUCGUCACCUACUGCCUCCUCCGCACGAUGGGGCCCGAGUGGGCGCGGGACCGCAACGACUUCACACGGCCGCUCAAUGUGGCGGCCGACGUUGCCAUCAUGAUGCACCUGGCCAACUCGGCUGUCAACUGCUUCCUGUACUGCCUGGCGAGCGCGGCCUUCCGCGCCGAGCUCGCGGCCUUGUUGGCCUGCAGGGGCUGCGCGAGGGGGAGCGGCAGGAAUGCCGUGGGGGCGCGUGCGCUCCGCUGAGUGGUAGCGCGUGUGUGCGUGUGUUUGUGCGUGCAUGUGUCCGUGCGUGUGUGUGUAAUAGGGAGAGGGAGUGUAAUGGUUAGUGUGCUGAGCUUACAGACCCGGCGACCCGAGUUCGA